UUACAUACUAUAUAUUAAAAAAUCUAUGAUUUAGCAAAAAUACUCUUUUUUAAUUUCAAUUACCUCAAACACCUGUCCAACAGAAGUGGGCAUAUAUGUUUAUUACAUUUACAUACUUAUCAAGAGGCAUAAAUAAAUACAUUGUCGUAUCACAGAAAUUAAGGUUAAAGGUUAGGUUGAUCGUUAAAUGAGAAUCAGUCUCAUUACUUGAGCCCGGGAACAGGACGUAGGGCUCAGUUAUAUCCUUGAAUAACUUAAGUAAAAUGGUGCUAUUACUAUUUGGAUACGCUUUAUAUUAUAGACGAAGACUUCGAAUUAUAAAAAUUCAAAGUGAUGGCGCACAUGAGGUCAUGUUGGCCAAGGCCAAAAAACCGCAAGUGGCCAGCAAAGAAGCCCAGAGUGCGGAAGAAUAUGAAGCUCUUCAAAAUUUCCUACGUAGCAUCAGUUCCACAGCAACUCUACCUCCUUACGUGAAGGGAGAAACCUAUUCUUCCGUUCGAGGUGUUUUCAAUCAGUGUCUAAUAACCUGCGCAGUUCUUAUCUUGGCGGCGGGCGCAGGGCACCCUAUUGGAUUUUCAGCAGUCGCUCUGCCACAACUACGCACAGAAAAUUCCUCAAUGAGGAUUGACGAUGAGAUGGGAUCAUGGAUAGCGAGCAUCCAUUCAGCAGCAACACCAUUAGGCUCGAUGUUAUCUGGUCCUAUAAUGGAGGCUAUAGGGCGACGGAAAACUCUACAAGCGUCUACUCUACCGCUGAUAGUAGGAUGGAUUCUCAUAGGAACAGCAUCCCAUCAUGCUCUUUUGCUUUUGGGAAGAAUCGUGUGUGGUUUCGCAGUUGGCAUUCUUGCGGCACCCUCACAAGUGUACUUAGGAGAGAUCUCAGAGCCUCGGCUAAGGGGCUUGCUUAUAGGGACGCCUUUUGUAGCAUAUUCUCUAGGGGUACUAUAUGUGUACGCUCUGGGAGGCGCUCUAACGUGGCGGUCGGUAGCACAUUUAUCAAUAGUUUUACCGGUGCUAGCAUUUGCAGCUUUAUGCUUCUCACCAGAAAGCCCUACUUGGCUAGCUCGGCAAGGACGUUUCCAUGACGCUAUGGCAGCUAUGUCAAGAUUACGAGGAGAUUCAGAUACAGCGCAACGUGAACUACACGAAUUAAUAUCGGCUCGCGAAAAGGAAAAGGCGAGAGGCGAAGAGAGUAUCCGUUUUCUCGCUACUGUCCUACGGCCGCCAGUACUGAAGCCGCUUUUGCUUAUCAACGCGUUCAACAUGCUACAAAUUUUAUCUGGAAGUUAUGUUGUCAUAUUUUAUGCUGUUGACAUUGUUAAGGAUGCUGGAGGUUCUCUUAGUCCUCACAUGGCAGCGAACGCGAGCGCUUGUGUUAGACUUGCGGUCACUGUGGUCGCUUGCGUGCUCCUGCUAAAAGUAACCCGACGAUUCCUCGUGCUACUCUCAGGUAUCGGCACGGCAGUCUGCACCCUGGCUCUCGCCUUCCUUCUCAGCCAAGGCCCCGGAACAGGCGUGACUCCACCGACCCUUAUUCUUGGUUACGUCGCAUUUAAUACCUUAGGCUUUUUCCUUCUACCGGGCCUCAUGAUUGGUGAACUUCUGCCUACAAAAGUGCGCGGUCUUUGUGGAGGUUACAUUUUCUGCCUUUUUAACGCUGUCCUCUUCGGCUUCACAAAAUUAUACCCUAUUAUGAAAAAUAGUAUCGGCAUGGCUGGAGUGUUUGGACUUUUUGGCGCUGCAGCAUCGCUCGCUACCAUUGUCCUAUUCUUGCUACUUCCGGAAACUAAAGGCAAAUCUCUUAUCCAAAUAGAACAGUAUUACCAAAAGCCUAAUAUACUUUGGGUGACACGUAAAAGGACGGCAGAUACUCAGAACAUUUGAAAUGCUAGAAAAGUAUUAUGAUAUUACUUAAAUAAUAGUAAACAAUUAAGGUCAUGAGCGCCGGAUACCGGAGCUCCGACGACUCACGGUUUUCUGCGACAUUAUCACUAAGCUUGCCAAGUAUUACCAUGUUCCUAAUAUUAACUUGUCGCAUUCAAUAAACCCGUGUUCAUAUAUAUUCUUGAGAAUAUGCUGCUUAAAAUGUAAUUUAUAAACGUUUACACUUAUACGAGUUCUUAUUUAAGAAUAUAUUGAAUGAGGCACGAUAUUAAAAAAAUUGCAACACAAAUGGUUAUGUUUAAUUAUACAAAAUUCAAAAGCUAAGAUUGCCUUAAUUGAAUCCAAGGUAUUUUAAAUAUAAAAUGUUGUAAAGUAGCUAUAAAUAAAAUUAACGUCUUGCGUCUUUUAUUUAAUUGUUUAUGUAAUAUGUAGAAGGUGAUAUAAGCUUGAUGUAUAAUCUAUUUUGCCUGAUAUAAAAAUGUAUAUAAUAUUAUGUAAAAUGACAAAAAAUAUUUUUAUAAGGCAUUUUAACCGUGACCAAUUAAUUAUUUAUUUUAUUGUACAGACUUUGUAUUUGUAAACGACGUUAAAUAUAUUUUAUGAAACCGUUUAAAAUUUAAAUGUAUGGUAUGCCAAGUGUGCAUAGACCAUAACGGACGAAAAAGAUUUGAUAAUACGUACUUUUAUAUAAGUAAAAACAAAUGCUAAUUCAUUCUUUUUUCAUUGGAAUUUGAGUAGCAUGAAGAUAUAUUUUUUUUAACUGUGAUAACUUUUCCAAUUCCUAGAAUAAUAACUACUUAAUAUGUUGAUUCGCAAUGACACAGAAGUUGGACAUAUCUAAGAAAGUUCACAUAUGAUAAUCUUAGCAAGAAUUAGUUUUUGUUUUACAAAUUAUUUCUGCCUAACAUUUCACGCUCGGCAGAGAGAGAAAUAUCGUAUCGCACACAUGACGUUUAUAUCAACAUGGACUUAGGUUUAUCCCAUUGAAAUGUUUGUAAUAUGUUCAUUUUAGAAAAAAUAAAGAAUUAUAUUUUUAUUAAGAUUUCCUAACAUUAUCCAAGUAAUUUCAUUUCUCAUGUACAAUUAACCGUGUCAGUGCAGCGUAACGAGUAGGUAUCUACCGCGUCAUUUGUGAUAUGAGGAUUUUUUAUCUGUGAUUUAUACAGUGUCCAUAAAUAAUACAACCUAGGUGCUUCUUAAAAAAUGUAUUUAUGUUAGUAGUUAUUUUUAUGCCUAGGAAGUUUUAUGUGAUACAAAUAAAUAAAAUUCUAAUUAUGAUA